CAAAAAUAUCCUGAAUUUUUGUUUUCUUCUUGAUUGUAUAUGGAUUUGCUCUUAUUUUGGAGAUUUCUUUGAACCAUUCAUUUCCAAAAGAGAAUAAUUGUCAUCUUCAUUUACUUUUAAAAACAAGAAUUCGCUUAGAGAGUACGCAGUUUUGGAUUUUCAUUCGUUUAUCGAGAGUCAUUUUUUCUUAAAAGACAUCAUCUCAAACCUAAAUGAAGUAAACGAUCAUGAUUGUACAGUAGGUGUGUGUCCCAGCUGUGCUGUGGUUGAGUUCCAGCAACCUCAUCCGAUUUGGGGCGAAGGGCGCAUCACAACCGGGAUUGUUCGCCAAUCUGGGCACCUUUGGUUACAUUGGGUUACGUUGUUACACCUUUUUAUUCAUUUUGUCAAAGUUUGGAGAGCGUUGGUAUUUUAUUUCCCCUUUAAACCCACUUCGAGUCUGGUUUUGGAGUUUGAAACGAACAAUCCCAACUUUGAUCAAUAGGUGGCAGUAAAAGACCAGAGUUCAUUUCCACUGCCUGGUGUGUUGUUACUUAUUGAGCCAUCAAAUCUGAUUCUGAUUCUGAUGCUGAUUCUUAUUCAGCCUGGGUCGCCUGACGCUGUAGCUACAGCGCAUGCGCAAGGUCAAUUCCAGGGAGCCCAAUGAAUGGCCUGAAAUAGAAACGUCAUUGCGCUUGAAUCAAAUAACUGAAUUUCAAGACAUUUUUGGAGGAUUUCUUCAACAUUGCACGUUCAGGGUAUGCAAAUAAAACAAUAUUCCCUUAAUUUUGCUUCUCAAACGUGGCCCACGAGCACGAGUUUGUCCUAAUGGAGUUGCCUUAUUGCUGGAAAUGACAAACCUGUGCGUGCUUCCACGCAGGGUUUGCGUGACCACACGCGUUUCACUGAAGAAUUGGAUCCGAAUUAAAAAGUCCCGUCCCAGUUGAUCCCAGCACGACUUUACCACAGUCAUUCAGCCUUCGUGUUAGCAAAAAAAAACAAAAAACAAAAAAAAAAAACGUUUUGUUGCGGGUUGAAGCUAGCUUAGCGUAGUUUAGCUUAUCUGUGCUCGCCAACUGCUAACAAAGCGAGGCCCUUGUGAGCAACACGUCGCUGAGCGGAGAUAAAGUGUGCGUGGUCGUCGUGCGUGGAAAUGUGCGCUAAAAGGGCGAAAGAAGAAGAGCACGAGAAGGAACUUUGUGGGGCAAAAGAGGAGAAAGAGCGACGACGUCAAUCCGUGGGCGAGGUUUUCAAGCCGCCUCCAGUUGCAGAUGUCCGAGAAGGUCUUGGUCCAGAGCAGCAGGAGGCAGAACGCACCCACAUUAAGGAGGAAAAAGAGCAGACUGAAAUCACCAAGUUUCCAUUGAUGAGUGUCGUUGUGAAGAGUGAAGAUGAUGAAGACCAAGGUCAGAGGUCACAGCUUCAUUCAAGUCAAAGUUGCCAAAGAUGGUCAGAGCCCCCGGACAACAGCCCAAGUCCAAACGUAACAGAAGUGGAUGGGGACCACUCCGGAGGGUCACAAUCGGACAGCUUCUUAGCUCCGUUGUCAGAUAGCGAUGACAUAACGUCGCACUCUCCUGACACUGAUGAGGAGAAGCGCUUGAAAGGUGAUACAAAAAGUCACACCGACAACAAACGCUGGAAAUGUUUUCAAUGUGGGAAAACUUUUGGUUCGAAGUACAAAUUGAAAGUACACAUGAGAACACACACCGGAGAGAAACCUUUUGCCUGCUCAGAAUGUGAUAAAAGCUUCUGUAUAAAAGAUAGUUUAAUGAGGCACGCAAAAAUACACACUGGGGAGAGACCUUUUGUUUGCUCAUUCUGUGGUAAAAGCUUCAAUCUGAAUGAUAGUUUAACAAGGCACACCAAAAUACACAUUGGUGAUAAACCCUUUGCCUGUUCACUUUGUGGUAAACGAUUCUUACUGAAGGCACAUUUAAAAACACACAAAAGAACUCACACUGGGGAAAAACCUUUUUCCUGCUCGGUAUGUAGUAAAACAUUCUCCAGAACGGAACACCUAAGAGCACACACAAAAAGACACACGGGAGAGAAACCUUUUCUCUGCUCAAUUUGUGGUAAACGAUUUGCUGAGAAAGGAAGUUUGAACAGACACAAUAAAACGCACGCUGGAGAGAAGCCUUUCACGGCUUCACUUAAGACCUGUGCUUCAGGACUGGAAAAUCUUUGCCAAAAGCAGCAGGAGUGUAGUGCCCAAGCGGAGCAACGCGAGCCUGAAGAACCAGACCCCACUCACGGUAAAAAAGAAGAGCUGGAGACUAGUUUGCCAAAUGUUCCCAUGACUAGUGUGAUUGUGAAGAGCGAUGAUGAAGACCAACCUCCGAGAUCACACCUUCGUCAUAGUCCAAGUAAGCAGAGGAAAGGGGAGGAGCCUCCAGGCUGUAACUCAACUCAACACGUGACAGCAGAACUUGAUGGAGCCCACCGUGAACGAUCAGAAGCAGACAACGUCUUAGCUCCGCUAUCAGAUAGUGACGGCGUAACAUCACACUCUUCUGAUACGAAUGAUGAAAACGCUAAAGGUGACAAGACAUUUCACACGGCAAAAAAACGCUGGGAAUGUUGUCAGUGUCCGAAAACCUUUGCUGCCAAGUACAAUUUGAGUGUGCACAUGAGAACGCACACUGGAGAGAAACCCUUUGUGUGUUCAUUAUGUGGGAAGAGGUUCUAUCACAAAGGACAUUUUAGUAGACACUCAAGAGUGCACACUGGAGAGAAACCUUUUGCAUGUUCAGUUUGCGGUAAAAGAUUUUCUGUUCUGGGAAAUUUGAAAACACACACACACGAAUGCACACUGGGGAGAAACCUUUUCUCUGCUCAGUGUGUGGCAAAGGUUUCUAUGUAAAGGAUAGCUUCACAAGGCAUGCGCGAAUACAUACUGGAGAGAAACCUUUUGCUUGUUCAGUGUGUGGUAAAAGAUUCUUACUAAAGGCGCAUCUAAAUACUCACGCGAGAAUUCACACUGGGGAGAAAACCUUUGCUUGCUCAAUCUGCGGCAAAACCUUCUCUAGAUCAGGACAAUUAAGAACACACUGAAGAAAAAGCUGCGACUUCAUUCCGCAAUUUCAGUCCAGGAUUGGAAGAUCAGUGUCUCAUUAAAGAGGAAGAGAAGCCGGAGGAUAUCGUGGAGUUGCCAUCGACCGGCAUCACUGACCAGAGUGAGGACGCCCACGAAAACUUUCAAGGUCAUAUAACUCGUCACGCUGACAACAAAGACGGGAAAUCUUCACAAUGGGACAACAUCAAGACGGAUCAGCGAAAGCAUUUGAUUCUGCACACGUACAGUAGAAGACUUCAGGAAAAGAUUUGCUCACGAGGGACAUUUGAAGAGCCGCCGACUCAGAAACACACGCUGGCAACUCACCUUUCUGGUGGGUUUUCCAGAAAAGAGCUUCAACAAAUCGAAAGCCCAACUUUGAGUUGACUUUGUCUGGAAUGGGAAAAUCGGCUGACUGGAAUCAGGUCAGCCGACUCGUCGCUCGUCCACUCGUGCACUUUCUGACGGGGGUGGCACGCUCGGGGGAUGCCGCCGGCAAGCCAAACGCAAGCCUCUAACCCAAGAUGCGAUAUGAAACUGCAUGACACAUCUGAACAAUAAGUCCAUAUUUGUAAGCAAGUACGCUGUCACUUGACCCACGAUAGAUGGCAAGCGAGGAGGGACACACUAGGAAGUGGCAAUCAAAGAUGAAUCCGCAAUCCGUUCAAAUGUCGUCUUUGGCACGAGUACGCGGAAUUUGCAGCCGCUGGUAAAGAAGACGCCGUGUGGACCGGCUUGUUUUUUAAGUUGCGAUCCUGUCGUACGUGCAUCGUUCCUGACAUUUCCUUUUAUUUCCUGUAAGAACUUUCAGGGAAAGUUGAUUUGUUAUUGUUCCGUCAGUUGUCUCCUUUGAAGGCCUUUUUUUUUUUUUCUCCACUCAAAUCAGCAUGAGGAUACAAAGGAGUCCGGACGGAUUGGUGUGUUCAACCCUGACUACGCGCUGAAAUGAAAUGCAAAGAAAAAAAAUAUGCAACACAACACUUGGACAGUGUAAAAACAGGAUGUGAUCACAAUUUGUCGAUUUUUGCCAGGAACAAAGUAUUUCCGGACCUCUGGCUCAAAAGGAAAGGAAAUGAAAAUUGCUGCAGUCUUGUUGUGCAAUAUCAGACACACGCGCACAAGAAACGUUGUGAUAAAUGUCAAUCAGCCAAAGCAAAUAAAAUAAA